UCACCAGCGUACCAGCGCAGUGGAUAGAGGUUUAAUCCCACAUGUUAAGUUGGACACAGACGACGGUAAAUUCCAAACUGCGAUCAGCAACAUGGCAGAUGCGUUUGGAGGCGAUUUGUUUACUGUCUUUGAAGACGAUGAUCAGACCGCCAAGAAACGAAAGCGCAACCCAGUCCUGGAUGGCCGGAAAUCGAGCUUUUUGGAAGGUAAUCAACAGCUUGAUGCAGGUGACCAUGAGGUACCAGAGUACACAACAGGAAAGAAGCCCAAGCUUUCUCUGACUGCAGAUGAACUCAAUCUGGCAGAAAUCCUACCCCAGGUGAAGUGUCAGACAGUAGAAUCUAUUGAAGGUUGUAGUCACGAGGUGGCUCUACCUCUUAAUGAAGAAUAUGAACCACUCAAACCCUCAGGAAACAAACCAGCAAAGGAGUAUCCAUUCAUUCUGGAUCCUUUCCAGAAAGAAGCUCUGAAGUGUCUUGAGAAUAACCAGUCAGUCUUGGUCUCAGCUCACACGUCUGCAGGAAAGACAGUAGUUGCAGAGUAUGCCAUUGCAAUGUCACUACGUGACAAGCAACGUGUCAUCUACACCACCCCCAUCAAGGCUCUGAGCAAUCAAAAAUAUCGUGAGAUGUAUGAGGAAUUCCAAGAUGUAGGAUUGAUGACAGGUGAUGUUACCAUCAACCCAACAGCAAGCUGCCUCAUCAUGACAACAGAGAUUUUGCGAAGCAUGCUGUAUCGAGGUUCAGAGAUCAUGCGAGAGGUUGCAUGGGUAAUAUUUGAUGAGAUACACUAUAUGCGAGACAAGAAUAGAGGUGUUGUCUGGGAGGAGACUAUCAUACUUCUGCCAGACAAUGUUCACUAUGUCUUCCUGUCAGCAACUAUACCCAAUGCUAGACAGUUUGCAGAAUGGAUCUGUCAUCUGCAUAAACAGCCUUGCCAUGUUGUGUACACUGAGUACAGGCCAGUACCUUUGCAGCAUUACAUCUUUCCUGCGGGUGGUGAUGGACUGCAUCUGGUUGUUGAUGAAAAAGGAGAGUUUCGUCAAGAUAAUUUUGGUGCUGCAAUGUCUGUCUUGAGGGAUUCUGGUGAUGCUGCUAAGGGUGACUCAAUGAACAGGGGACGGAAAGGGGGAACAAAAGGUCCCUCCAAUAUCUUCAAGAUAGUCAAGAUGAUCAUGGAACGGAUGUUUCAGCCAGUCAUUGUCUUCAGUUUCAGCAAGAAAGAGUGUGAGGCAUAUGCCAUGCAAAUGUCCAAACUGGACUUCAACAGCUCGUCAGAGGAGAAGGCAUUGGUGACAGAAGUCUUUAACAAUGCUAUCGAUUGCCUCUCUGAUGAUGACAAGAAAUUACCACAGGUGGAAAAUGUUCUUCCUCUUUUGAAACGUGGCAUUGGCAUCCAUCACUCAGGACUUCUACCAAUCCUUAAAGAGACCAUCGAGAUUCUCUUUUCUGAGGGCCUCAUCAAGGCAUUGUUUGCUACUGAAACAUUUGCUAUGGGACUCAAUAUGCCUGCCCGCACCGUGGUCUUCACAAAUGCUCGCAAGUUUGAUGGCAAGGAUUUCAGAUGGAUUUCAUCAGGGGAGUACAUUCAGAUGAGUGGGAGGGCUGGGAGGCGUGGUUUAGAUGACAAAGGCAUCGUUAUCUUGAUGAUCGAUGAAAAGAUGAGCCCAGGAGUUGGCAAGAACAUCCUGCAGGGCCAGCCAGAUCCUCUAAACAGUGCCUUCCAUUUGACAUACAACAUGGUUCUCAAUCUACUGCGAGUAGAGGGCAUCAAUCCAGAAUACAUGUUGGAAAGGUCUUUCCAUCAGUUCCAGAACUAUUCUGUCAUCCCAGAACUCUUUGACAAAUUGAAGAAACUUGAGGAAGAAUACAAUCAAAUGGAGAUCCCUCAGGAAGAGAGUGUGGAGGCUUACUACAAGAUCAGACAACAACUCAACAAGCUGGGACGCGAGAUACAAGCCUUCAUUACUAAGCCCAAGUAUUGCUUGCCAUUCCUACAACCUGGACGGCUAGUCAAGGUCAAGAAUGAAGCUGAUGAGUUUGGAUGGGGUGUCGUCAUUAACUUCAGGAAGAAGGCCAACCAAAAGAUGAACAGUCCACGUGAUGACCCACUUUAUAUUGCAGAAGUUCUGCUUAAUUGUUCCAAAGAGAGUAUUAAGAAUGCUGCCACAGACUCUGCCAAGCCACCCAUGGCUGGAGAGAAGGGAGAAAUGGCUGUGGUUCCAGUGUUACUGAAUUUAAUCACACAUAUCAGCAGUGUAAGGUUGUAUUUACCAAAGGACCUCAGACCACUUGAUAACAGGCAGAGUGUGGGCAAGUCAGUACAGGAAGUUCAGAGAAGAUUUCCUGAUAGUCUGCCGCUUCUGGACCCAAUUGAGGACAUGGGCAUCAAAGAUGAAAAUCUUAGGAAGGUUGUGGAGAAAAUUGAAGCAUUUGAGGAGAGAAUGUACAGCCAUCCAUUACACAAAAGCCCUGAUGUACAGAAGCUAUACAGCCAGUAUGAACAGAAAGCAAAGCUUGCAUCAGAGGUCAAAGCUGCAAAGCGUGAGCUGAAACGAGCUAAGACAGUGAUUCAGUUGGAGGAGUUGAAAUGUAGGAAACGAGUCAUUCGCAGACUAGGCUAUGCCACUGUGGCUGAUGUUAUUGAGAUGAAAGGACGAGUAGCAUGUGAAAUCAGCAGUGCUGAUGAACUACUCCUGACAGAGCUUAUCUUUAAUGGUGUCUUCAAUAGCCUGAAACCAGAGCAGAUUACUGCCCUUCUGAGCUGUUUUGUUUUUGAGGAGAAAUCCAAGAAUGUACCCAGAUUAUCUGAGCAGCUGUCAGGCCCUCUGAGGCAAAUGCAGGACUCAGCCCGUAGAAUAGCCAAAGUGAGCGCUGAGGCUAAACUAGCUGUGGAAGAAGAAGAUUAUGUGGAAUCCUUCAAGCCACAGAUGAUGGAUGUAGUGUUUGCUUGGGCCAAUGGAUCCAACUUUGCUGAAAUCUGCAAGAUGACUGAUGUAUUUGAGGGCAGUAUCAUCCGUUGUAUGAGAAGGCUAGAAGAGCUACUGAGAGAGAUGUGUCAUGCUGCUAAGGCUAUUGGAAACACAGAACUGGAAAACAAGUUUGCUAGUGGUAUUGCCAAGAUCAAAAGAGACAUUGUGUUUGCUGCUAGUCUCUACUUGUAAAAAAGAAUCACCUAUAUCUACACCAAGUCGGUCCUUUGACCCUUGACCUCUCAACUUGAUGCCUGACUUCACAGCUCUACUGGCUGACUUGAAUUUGUUACAUUGUUUGGUGUUUCCUGCUCUCUUUCACACUUUUCAGCAUUCAUGGCGUGUGGAUUGAUGAAAAUGGUCUUGAGAGGAUAAAAUCUGCAAGUUGUUGAAUAGUGUUUUUGAUACUUUUAUUUCAUUUGUAUAGAAAUGUUUUCCAUGCAGUCCUGCAUGCAAAUGAUAUGAUGUAAACAUGGUAAAUCAGAUCAACUCCAUUGCCCACAUGUCAUCUUGCACUUAAUACAAGAUUCUGCUUUUAACAAGAAAAUAUUUAGGUCCCAAUCCUGUGUUUUUCAUUGUUCUCAUUCCUGGUAAUACAAGGUUUUUAUUAUAACAAGGUAUUCUGCCAAGUCAGAGGUACCUCUAAUUUACGAGGUUCAACUGUAUUAGUGUUUAAACAUCCGUUUUUCUGUCAUUUUUAAGUUGCAUUGCUUACGUUUUUACGAUUCAGUGGUCUCAGAAUGUCAUGUUUGUAUUUCUGUGAACUAGUUUCAAUUCUGGAGCCAAACGUAUUUCACUUUUUAAUUGUUUUGUGAGGCAGAAUUGAGAGAAACCAAAUUUUUGACUGCUUUUGAUGUCAAAUCAACAUUCCCUUUUUUAUAUUUAUAAUUGCACCCCUGAAGCUAUUCACACUUUGCUGAUUUUCAAGGAAACAACUUUCAAAUAAAUGACCAGUUUUCAGCCCCCCCCCAAAAGUCUGGUUUGUCCUCUUAAGAUUCUGUUGCUUUAUAUAAAUGGAAGUCACAAGUGUUAAGUAGGAAAUGCUUGAUGAAUUUCUUAAUGACCUGAUGAGUGUAUUUGGUAACUUGGCUGAUAACUUAAAUAGCAAGGCUUUAGUAUGUAUUACAGCCCAUCAAUGUCGGUGAGUUCAAUAACCAGCUUAUCAGAAAUUCAUUUUCAAGACUGUUCCCAUCUGCAAGAUGAAGGCUUGUUUAUUAUUUUUUUUUAAAGGAAGUAUUAAGAAACUGACAGUUCAAUCACCAAACUUACCAAGCAUAGACAAAAGCAAAGCUCAUCGACAAAUUGCAAAAAAGCUGAUAUCGAAAAACGUGCAACUAUAAAAACCACUCCGGUGACGAAACUACACGGGGCUUUUAAAAUUAGAGUCUGAAUUUUUGUGGAAUUAUGAUUUCAAAAAUCCAUGUUAACAAUAAUAAGGCAGUGGAGGUGAAUCUGCUGAGAACAGCCUUUUGUAGGAAAUACUACAUCUUUAGGUCCCCAAACUUAGAGUAAAUCCAAAUAUUUUCUAAUGUUAAGUCUUUGCAAUAGUUCAUUUUCAGGGUGAAAAGUGAUUUUACCAAUAAACUACACGUUUUGCAUGUAAAAUUUGA